AGUGUCAAAAAACAACUUAAUAAUAAGUUACACAGGACAAAUAGCCCCAAAACGCAAAAAAGAAGAAAAAAUACAAAACCAAAAAUAUGGUCCAUUAACCAAGUACUCCCGUCCGCAGACCCGCUCGUCCGAAACACACUCCCCAAACUCAAAUUUGAACUCGUCUAAAACACCGCCCACCUGUGAUCCGUCGAGUACCGACUACCCAUGCCCCUUCAUUUUCGGCGCCCCCCACGCGCUCCGCAACCCACGAACCGAAAGUGUGGACCCACACAGAUCAUGAGACCCACAGGGCAGCGAUACCGCCCACGACUUAUCCGAAAAAAACUCGCACCUCGACUGAACCACAACCCUACUGCCGCGGCGCCGGCUGCCCAGCUCCGGACCCAGGCUCUUCAUCAUCAUCUCCUCCAAAUCCCCACGCCCUCCCCAAAACCACGAGAUCGAUCUCCAAGAUUUGCCCUUGCCCCCGAGCGAUCCCAUCUUGCCAAUCAAAAUUUCAUUCGCCUGAAUCGGAGCAGGACUGGCCCCAGUUCCCCCGUCAUGGGCUGCUGGAACCGCAUCUCCAGUGCCGGUGGUCUGCUGAAGCCGCUCGCCGGCGUCCCUUUCGCCUCCAUGCCAGGCGCCGGCGCCGCCUACUUCCUCGUUGGCUCCGCGCUCGGGGUCUUCGCGAUGCUGCAAGCAUCCGAGUCCGAGGUCCGCCGCGAGUGGGCCUUCUCCCCGCAAUGGGCCGCCCUGUCCCGCUCCGUGGGCGCGCAGCACAUGCUCGUCGUAAUGUCCCUUCUCUUCCUGGCCGCCAAAGUCUGGUUCCUCGGCAAGCGCUGCGACGCGGUGGAGGGGCUCGUGGGGAGCGCGGGCGCCACGGUGCUAGCGGUGCGCGUCAGAGGCGUCGUCUGCACCGUGUGUGGGACUGGGACAAAGGCGUGGGCUCUCAAGAAAGGCAGCUCGGCCCACUCCGUGGAUCGCUCCCGCUCUGGCAGCUGCUCCGACAAGCCGGUUUCGAGGUCGCUGGCUUUUGAACUGGAGCAGGAGGCCGACAGGGAGGACGAGGACUUCGCCAGCGAGGUGACCGGCGCGGAAGAGGGCAAAGUGGAGCGGCUCAGGCGGCGGCUCGUGCGGGAGAGGAUGCUGAAGGAGGCCGCCCUGGAGGAGCUGGAGAAGGAGAGGCGCGCGGCGGCCUCCUCCGCUGACGAGGCCAUGGCCAAGAUCGCGUGCGUGCGGAACGAGAAGGCGCUGGUGGAGCGCGAGGCGAAGCAGUUCCGGGAGAUGGCCGAGCAAAAGCAGAUGUACGACCGGCAGGUGAUCGAGUCUCUUCAGUGGAGGCUCAACAAAGUGUACAAGGCCAAACAAUGUGUAUAAGGAUAAAGUUGCGUACUAAAGAUAAGGCCUCCUUUGUUCCGUAGAAUAGGAUUAGCAUAGGAAUAAAAAACUUGUAGGAAAUAAAAUGACAUGUAUCUCAAAUCCCAUGAGUAGGAAUAUGAAAAAAGAUCCAUUUAAUUCA